GGAUUAAUAGUAUAUUGAGUUUCUUUAUUGCACGUAAAUAGCUGAUUAAAUUAAUAUCUAGAUCAACAUCAAUGACUUAUAAAUAUGUUCAAAACAUGGGAUGUUUCAUGUUGUACACAGUAUUUAUAGCAAAUAAGUACGGUAACUGUUAAUAUUGAGUUUUAUUUAUUUAUUUUAGAUUAUGUAUAGGCCAAUCAUAUUAUUUGUAGCAGUUUCGGUUGCAACUGCAGAACGACACAAUUCGUACGAAAAUGAAAUAGAUAUUUUUCUGAAUAUGUGGAAGGAAGGUGGAAUUCAUUCUGACUUUUUUUCCUUUCCAUCCCUGAAUGAUAUAAACAUCGGUACAGUAGAAAGUUACUAUGAAGGCAUGGGAAUGAGGAUGGAUUUUUCGAUAUACAAUAUGAACUUAACUGGAGUAGAUAAUUUUAUCGUUAAAAAUUUAGAAGUCACACCAGAUAAAAAUAAAAUAUUUAAUGUUAGUAUCAAUAUCGAGUUUCCAGCACUUAAACUAUUUUCAGACCAUUAUAACAUAAGUGGAAAAGCGUAUUAUGUAUAUCCUUUGAACGGAGAAGGAAAUAUGUCGAUUAGGUUUUUAGACACAAGUGUAACGUUAAAGCUUUAUCUUUCGCAUAUGAACCAAACCGGAAUCAACUUAAAAGAUCUGGAUCUCGAUUUUAAUGUUGAAGUCAUCAAGGUAGAUUUUGAAAAUAGUUCAUGGCCGUUGAAUACCAUUUUAAAUAGUAAAGGAGUUAUGAUUCUGAAAAGUUACCGGGAGGACAUAAAUACAGCUUUAAGAUUCUAUGUUUUACCUUAUUUAAACAAUGUUUUAUCCGCUUAUGAACAGCGAGCAAUUAAUACCUAUUUAAUAUUGAAACGAUGCUAAUUUAAAAAAAUAAAUAUUUUUCGAAAACAA